AUGAUUGCUAUCAAGGCCGUUGUGAUUGCAGCUUGUGCAGUUCAAACUGCCUACGCUUUGCCCACUAAUGCUUCCCUACCAGUCGUUGAUCUUGACUACGCACUUCACCGGGCUACGAUAAAUGAGACAGGACAGUACUACAACUUCUCGAAUAUUCGAUAUGCAGCCCCGCCUAUAGGAAAUCUUCGAUUUGCCGCUCCGAUCGAACCAACUGAAGUAAACCGAACCAUCAACGAUGGCCAGCAGGGUGCUAUCUGUGCGCAGGGAACACCUUAUUGGGAACAAGUCGCUUCGUACUAUUUUCAAGGUGCUAAUACAUCUACAUUGGAAUUCGUCGAGGCAGAAGUAGAGGCAGUCGAGAAGAAUCUCACUAUCUCGGGACUCGCCGCGCCAGCACCAUUGACUUCAGAGGACUGCUUGUUCCUCGAUGUCAUUGUCCCAAAGUCUAUAUACGAUUCUUGUGGUGAAAGUAGCGCCCCCGUUGUUGUUUGGGUUUAUGGAGGUGGUUAUGUCGCCGGAUCAAAAUUUGGUUCAGGCAACCCGGCCACGUUGAUUUCAAGGAGUCAAGAGAAUGGGGAUCAAGGUGUAGUUUAUGUUGCUCUAAACUACAGACUUGGUCUCUUUGGAUGGCUUUCUGGUCCCACAUUCGAGGAAAGUGGAGCAGCAAAUGCUGCUCUUCUUGAUCAAAGAUUGGCUUUGGAAUGGAUUCAAAAGUAUAUUUACCUCUUUGGUGGAGAUGCGGAUCGAGUGACAGUUAUUGGCGAAUCGGCUGGAGCUGGGUCGAUCAUGCAUCACAUUACAGCAUAUGGUGGUAGCAAUGGCAAUGCGCCUUUCUCUCAAGCCAUCCUACAAAGUCCUGGCUACCCACCCGUUUAUUCCGAUGCCCAACAAGAGGCGACUUUUCAAAACGUCAUCACUCAAGCACAAGAACUUAUUGGACCUAACAUCACCUCCGUAUCGGAUUUGAGAAAUCUUGACUUCGCCACGCUGGCCGGGCUUAAUACUAUUAUUACUGCGCGAUCGGCUCCGUAUGGCACUUUUACUUUCGGACCGGCAGUUGACGGUACUUAUGUACCUGAGUUACCGGCCAAAUUACUUCUUGAGGGCAAAUUCGAUACGAACGUCAAGAUCAUGACAGGGCACAAUUCCAAUGAAGGUGCAUCCUUCACAUCUCCCUUCUUCUCUACAGACGCCGAUAUCGCUACCGAUCUUACAACAACUCUGCCCACCAUAUCCAAUUCCACACUGGCCUACGUGACUGGAACCCUUUAUCCACCAGUCUACAAUGGUUCUUAUCCAUACACGAGUGUUUGGGAACGAGCAUCCCUGAUCACAGCCGAAAUUGUUUUCACGUGCAACACUCGCUACCUGAACACCGCGUUCCUCAACGAAACACACUCCUACUACUUUGCCGUUCCACCCGGACUUCACGGCGAAGAUAUUGCAUACACGUUCUUCAAUGGUGACACUACUACCUCAAACGAUGGACUGCCAGUAAACGCUACCAUAGCAGCUGAUUUACAAAGAUACAUCAUGAACUUCGCUAUGACAGGUAAUCCCAAUGGGGUCGGAGUGCCAUUCUUCCCAGAAUACCAAAGCAAUGCCACGACAAUCGUUCUUGGAACUACUGGUUUGGGGAGUGUGCAAACUGAUACCACUGCAAACAACAGAUGUGCAUGGUGGCAACAAGCGUUGUACGAAUAG